AUGUUGAGUUCUUUAUUGGCUAAAAGGUUGGCAAUUUAUGAAGAAGAUCCUUUAAAACUUGGUGAACUGGAGAAAACAGAAGAUAUUUUUUUCCAAGAAUGUCGACAGAUCAUUGAAAAGAAUUUUAUAACAGUUUCAGAAUGGAAAAGUUUAAUUGAUUAUUAUAUAGAACGAUGUAAUAACCCAUAUGGUAGUACAUUAAAACAAGAACUUUCGCGGUUGUAUGAAGCAAUGAAAUUGGCUAUAUUGUAUUGUCACCAUCCAGAUAUUUUUUGUUUUCUUGAUGGUGCUAAUUCUGAUUAUAUUGAUGGGUCGGUGGUAUUUAAUAUGUUCUAUGAUAAUUAUGUUUUUUAUUUCGAUCCUAUUAUGGUAUCACCUUUUUUUCAAGCAUUAACUACAUAUGCUUCUUGUUUAAUGAUGGAUAAAGAAAGUGCAGAUGUAUCUUUAUAUGAAAAAAUUUUCAAUGUUUAUGAACUUGCUAAAAAUAAUGGAAAUAUAAAUUUCUGUGAUAUACAUGAAUCGGUUAAUUCAUUUAUGGAAAUUUUUACACAGUAUUACAAAACAAAUGACAAGAAUAUUGAUACAGAUAGUAAAAUUAUUGAAGAUCAAGCUGAAGUAUGUACUAAAAUAUCAAGAUAUGAAAAACAGUUAUCAGAAAGUAAUUAUGCAAUAGAUGAAUUUUAUGAUUAUAUUAACUACUUAAAUACAAAAGAAUUUACAUAUGCCGCUUGUGGACUAUUUCGUAGAAUUCUAAUGUAUCACCCUUAUAAUGAUUCUUUAUGGGUAAAAUUUCUCACAAAUCUUAAAAGGUAUAAUUUAGGUGGACUUACUUAUGAUCUUGGAGAACGUGCUUAUAGUUUGUCUAAUAUUGCAACAGAAUUAUGUCCUAAGAAUGUUCCACUUUUACAAUUAAAAUUACUUAUUAUGGAAAUGAUUGGUAUUUCUGAUAACAUCAUUGAUUCACAAUAUAUUGAAAUGCAGAAGGUGCCUAAAAAUGCUAAUGAUGCAAUAUCAUUAUUUUGUACUUAUGUUUAUAUGCUUAAGAGGAGAGUUGAUAAAAAAUCUGAUUUAGAUUAUACAAUUGUUGUUGAAAUGUUUACACAACAAUUAAAUGAACUUAAUCUAAUUUAUGGAGAAAAUUUUGAUAAUGAUGGAGAAUUUCAUAGAAAAUUUGCUUACUUUUGUUAUGCUAAAGCAAAACAUAUAGAUGCGGGAAGGCAACAAUAUAAAUAUCUUCUUACAACAUACCCACAUAAAACUUAUGCUUAUAAUUGGUUGGAAAUGAUUACAUGUGAAAGAGCAUAUGGUGAUAUUGGAAUUGCACGCGAAUUAUAUAAAGAAUCUUUUAAACAUGUAGUUGAUGAUAUGUAUACAAUUUGUACAAGUUACGUUCAAUUUGAAAGAGAAGAAGGAAAUUUAUAUCAACUGGAUGAUGCUGUGGAGUUAGCGAAUAGUUAUCAACAAAAAACUUUUCGUAGUAAAAGAGGAAAAAAACGUGCCGUUAAUGAUAAUAAGAAAAUUGAAAUUACAAGUGAAGGAAAUGGAACAACAUUUGGUAAAAGAGUUAAACAAACAUCUCCUGAACGUCCAAAACCUAAAGAAAUUUUAGCUUUAAGAACACCAUCUGCUUCACCACCUCAUUUACAGCGAACGACUCCAUCCCCUCCUGUACGAGAGAAAUCUGUAGAUAAAGAUGGAUUUGUUAUACCAUAUCUUCCUGCUAGAACAGCAUCUCCAGCAGUUGUCAAUACACAAAAAGUUGGUGUUGUUACAAGAUCAUCUGCCAAAUCAGAUACUGAUGGAGAAAAAACAACUACAACAAGUAAUGAUUCAUUGCAACCUGAAUCUACUAUGGAGAUUGAUGGAAUAAAUAAUACAAAAACUCUUGAUGAAAAAUUCACGUCGAAUACAUUAUUCAUUAAAAAUUUACAUUUUUCAGUUACAGAAGAAAUUUUAAAAAGAACUAUUGAGGAUGUAUGCAAAGUAAAAGUCACUUCAGUACGUAUACCAAAAUUUAACAAUAAUAAACCAAAAGGAAUUGGAUAUGUUGAUUUGGCAUCAGGUGGGGACAUUCAAAAAACAGUUUUAAUUGGUAGUACAAUAUCAUUUCAUAAUCGUAGGAUUGAAGUUCUUGUCUCUAAUCCUCCUCCAAAAAGAGGUAAAGAAAGUUCUAAGGCAUCAAAUAAACCUUCUCCUGCAGUGAAAGUUGAUUUUCUAGUACCUAAACAAAUAAUUCCAAGAGUUUUAAGGAAAAAAAAAUUGACAUCAAAUAAUGAAGUUGGUACAUUUUCAAAUAAUACAGACAAAACAGAAGCCUCUACAAAGUCUCCAGCUAAAAUGACGAAUGAAGAUUUCAAGAAGCUUAUUUAA